AUGUCGCUGGAUAGCAGCAUCACCAGGAAACCUCGCGGUUAUGCACCUGCCCACCUUGCCAAUCAAGAAUCCGAGCCACAGGGCUUCGCGCAUGUUAAGUAUAAGCGACACCCAGUGUACUCCCGCACCGAAUGGCUCUACGAGACUACAACUAUAUCAGCCCUAACAACCUUCUGCUCUGCAGCUCUGAUGCACAGCGUGAGCCAGUUUAUUGGGCAGCUUAAAUGGCUUUAUUUUAAGGAUGGACUGCACAAACUUUCGCACUUUGAGAUCUUCGACGAAGCAAGCCGUGGGCCUUGGGGAUCCAUCUUCAUGGUUACUACUGUCAAAUGGAACUUGGCCACCAUCGGCGCAUUGAUCACCAUCUUCCGACUGAGCUUUGCACCACUUGCCCAGCAGGUCAUUGAGUUUGUCCCGCAGAAUGUCGCCAGACCCGAUGGAAUUAAUGUUGCCUUUGGUUACUCCCACGCGUUCCAGCGGCCCAGGGCAUCAUCCGUCAUUAUCAGAUCUUUACGAAUGUUAGACAGCGUUCCGCAGGACCCUGAAAUGCAAUCUGCCGUCCUCCAAGGCCUUUACGGGAUCAGCAGCCUGGGCCAGUUUAAUUGCCCCGGGCUGUGCCAGUGGACCAAGCCAUAUAUCUCUCUUGGCUUUAAGAGCAAAUGUAGGAAUGUCACGCAGGAGAGCCUACAAACACAGAGCUGCAACGCAACUGAGGGUCCCAUAACCUGCGACAUGACAACACCCGGUGGGAUAGGCCUCGCCACUCACAUGUGGCGUACCUCGUACGCCACCAGCUACGUGAUGAAUGUUACCUCGGGCAUCCUCGCGGAGCCAGAACGAGAUUUCCCUGAGAUUGCCAAGUUCGCCGUGUACCGCUCGUCUCCGGACCUCAAUUACGAACAGCGCUUCAUCAACGUGACAGAAUGCUCGCUGUCUCUCACCGCAUACCAACUCCAGAACGCGACGGCAAGCGGCAGUACCGGGCUCUCCUUUGGACGAGUCACGGAGGUCAAUUUCGGCGUUGAGAAUCCGUGGCAUGAAGGCUCGGAAGGGGAUGUGGGGUCGCAGAUACGGUAUACUAACGCGUCAACCGUUUAUCAUUUAGACAUCCCCUCAUUUGUGAUUGGGUCCGCGGAGGUUAUUGCGCUAAGCAACUUUCUGACAUCUCCCAUCAUCGUCUCCGAGUUCAUCGAAGGGCACUCCAACAUGGACGUCAAUCGCGGGCUGGCGCCAUUCAUCACCGGCAACGUGGAUGUCGCGGAGCGAUUUGAGCGAAUGUCAACGGCCAUGACAGACCGUGUGCGUAACGGGCCGAAUGCACAGCUGGCGCUGGGAGAGAGAAUCGAUAGCGUCCAGUAUGUCCGUAUUCGUUGGGUUUAUCUGAUAGGUCCUACGGCUAUAGAGGUCGUUGCUCUCAUGCUUGCUGUCAUAACAAUCUAUAGAAGCCGCGAAAGCCGCGGGGUUCCGCUGUGGAAAACCUCGGCGCUGGCGGUGUUGGCGUGCCGACAUGACCGAGAUGGUGACCUGGUACGGAGCACGAUCAGGGACAUGAAAGAGAUGGACAAGUUGGCUGGAAAGGUUGAGGUCCGAUUGCAGUAG